AUGAUAACUAGUGGAAUUAUUUCAAAUGUUGGUGGUUUUGCUAUAUUUGGAUUUAGCGUUCGAGUAUUCGCUUUAGCUUUACAAAAUAGACCUUUACUUGACAGACCAAUAACUCAUGUAAUGUCAGCAGUAGUAUUUGGUGGUGUUGGUGCUUAUGUUUAUCAUUUAGAACAAAGACAAUUGGAAUUGAUCGAGAAGCGUAAACAAGUUUUAUUGGAAAAUAGAAAACGAAGAGAAGAAUUUGAAUUGAACAAAAUGACAGAUGACACAAAAUCAAAUUCAUCACCUACACAGAUCAGAUUUAAAGUAGCUAAAUCAUAUGGUAGGGCUCAAGUUCAACGAAGGAAAACCAUUCAGAAUUUCUACGAGUUUCAAAAAAAAUGUCUCGAACUAUCUGCUGAAUACUAUCAAGGUAUUGCGAAUUUACUAGAAGAGACAGACGUUUCACUAUUCCUUGCGCCACCAACACCAGGGGCAGAUCCUCUAAACAUCAUUAACGAGACAGGGAUGGUUAUGAGUGGUAUGCUUGGCCCAGGAUAUGUUGUUAACGACAGAUUUAUCGGUGGCAAAUUAUUAAAAAAAAGAGUUUAUGGGGAGGAUGUCGAAGUGAACGAUAACAAUAGCGAAGAGGCUUACUAUUCCGAAAAUCAAAAGGCUAAACAUAGACGUGCACCACGACAACUUUGGUCUGAUGAGGAGGUGGAACGAUUGAAAGCUGCUCAUGAUCGAUACAACGGUGACUGGGAAUUAAUCAUUAAAGAAUUUGAACCUGAACGAACUAGAAUUCAAAUCUUUCAGAAGGCACGUCAAAUGGGACUUCAUGGUUCACGAAUAGACAAUGAAGGCGAAGAAGAUGAGGAAAUUGAAGAAACAAUUAAUUUUGAGAAUAGUAGAAUUGAAAUUAAAAAUGAAAAAAAUUAUACUGAUCCAAAAGAAAAUAACAAAAAGAAUGAGGGUUGA